UUUCUCCUCUGCACUCUGUGAGGUGCUUCAAACUUGGAAGAUUCGUGGUGGGUUUUUUGCAUCUCUGCUUCGGUUUAGAUAUAUUAGAUUCUUUGAAUAUCUAUAAGAGCUACGUGAUAAAUGGAGGACCAUAAGCCGACGAGUUUCACGUUUGAGAUAGAUAACUUCUUAGAGAAGGAAGCUGUGAUUCCAUCCCCAACAUUCUCAAGUGGAGGCUGCCAAUGGUAUGCAAAGGUUUAUCCCAAGGGAAAUGGUAUUGAAGAUCACUUGGCUCUAUACCUCCAUGUUGCGAAUUCUGGUACAUUGUUACUUGGAUGGAAAAGGCGAGCUAAAUAUUCCUUUGUUCUGUUGAACCAAUCUGGCAAAGAAAUCCACAAAACAACGGAAUUUUGCCGAGUGUUCUGCGGUCAGGUCUGUGGAUGGGGUAUUCCAAUGGCCUUGACUCUUAAAAAGUUUCAAGAAAAAAGGUUUCUGGAGAACAACAAACUGAUAGUUAAAGUCCAAGUCCAAGUACUUGAAGUUGUUAAUGAGGCAGAAGUAACUGGGAACGAGACUAUGGAUGUUAGUGGUUUCCAAGUUCUGUAUUCUCAGGCGAUUCAAGUAAGUUGGAUUUUCGUGAGGAACCCAGACAUUGCUUUGAAUUUCAAACCAAAGAGCCAACUGGUGAAGAUAACAUAUUUGAAUCUCCUCCUCAAGCUCAUCGAGAAACUGGACAAGCCUCCACAUAGCUUCUCCAAGACUGAUCUAAGCAACAUUCGCAGCAAGCUAAUCGAUCUAACAGAAGCAGGGUUCAAGCUAGACUGGUUGAAUAAAAAGGUUGAUAAUAUUUCCUUGGAGACAAAGAAAGAAGAUGCUAAUGGUACUCGAGUCCAAGAACUAGAGGAACACAUCAAGAAUCUGAAAGUUGAACUGAACAAGGAGAAGAUAAAGUCUGCCAAUAAAGUUUUGACAUUGGAGAAAAAGGUCUCGGAACUCAAAAAUAAGCUGAUCAACGAGCCCAAAUCUGCUUCUUCUAGAGCCUCCUUCUUCAAGAGUGUGUUUUGGUUUUGGAAUAAGAGUGGAACUCGGCGUAGGUGAUCAGGCUAUUAAUUAUCAGAAGCAGACUGAAAAAGCAUUUUAUUACUGUGUUUCUUUUUUGUUAAAGAACUCUAUUGUUAUGAAUUUUUUUUGGUGGUGAAGUUCCCGGGUUCAUUU